AGCACCACUCUCUUCCGGCCCCAUGUUUCUUUUAUACCUUUCAAAAAUCUCAUUUUGCCAAAUUCAAAACGUAGAAAUCAAAGUUUUUUCAAAUUUUUUCUAGUAUAAAUUCAGAAAACAGAAAUCGAAUUUUUUUUCUUAAGGAAAAAAAAAUUCGAUAAAUAGAAUCGGAAAUUUUUAUUAAUGGGAUAAAAAAGAAAUCCUGGAAAAAAGAAACAUGGGACAGAAGAGAAGCUAUCCACUCCAAAACCCAGCAAGAAAGUGAUUGUCUUGAAUUGAUGAACCAAUCAUAACAAUCUGGCUUCCAAACUGGGAAAGACAAUGAUGGCGCAUUAUCCUCCUCUUCUUCACAAUCCAUCAUCAUUCGUAUCUGUAGCAUUUCCCCAACUACACUCACCUCCUCUUCGAACAUUAUUACUAUCCAAAACGCUGUCGUGUCAUCUCUCUUCAUCACACAACAACAACAACAACACUUGCACUUCCAAUUCCACCAUUUCUUCACUUACCAAACCUUUACAUUUUGCUCUAUCCGGUGCCCUCUCACUUUGCUUAUUAUUCGGAGGAGCUGAAUUAGCUGAAGCAGCUAAAGCUGGUGUUAAUAAGCCAGAAUUGCUUCCUAAGGAGUUCACUACAGUCAUUGAUGUUGCUGGAUUCCUAUCCGACGGACAGGAGAAGAGACUGACGCAAGAGAUUUCUACUCUUGAAGAAGAUACUGGAGUCAAGUUGAGAGUUUUGGCUCAGAACUAUCCUGAUACUCCAGGUUUGGCUAUCAAAGAUUUCUGGCAAGUAGAUGACAGAACAAUUGUCUUUGUUGCUGAUCCCACAUUUGGAAAUAUAUUGAACUUCAACGUUGGUGCUACAGUUGAUUUGGACGUGCCACGUAGUUUCUGGAGUCGCUUAGCAGGCAAGUACGGGAACAUUUUCUAUUGGAGGGAGAAGGGGGAAGAUGCAUCUAUUGAAUCAGCAGUUAUGGCAAUUUCUAGUUGCUUGAGAGAACCCGUUGGGCCGAAUAAUUGUUCUGAGGUGAAAUAGAUUUCUUUCAUUCUUCUUAUUUCAUCAUCUGAUAACCCUCCUGGAGUCCUAGGUGUAUAGAGAACUUAAAGUAUGGAGUACGGUACAUUAAUUUCAUCUUUUUACUUGUAUUAUGUUGAAUUUAUGUAUCUUUUAUACUCCUAUGUUAAUACAUAUGGGUCAUGAUGCAUUGUAUUUUAA